CCAGUGCCCCCUCCCUGUUCCGCGUUGUGGCUCCAUCCACUCGCAGUCAGCAGCAGCGGCUGUGGUGGUGGUUGAUGGUAGUGGUGGCGGUGCGUCCCGCUGCCCUCUGUAGCCCGUGGUCGUGCGCAAUCUCCACCGUGACCACCGUCUCGUAGUCAGCCGCGUCCUUCCGCUUGCCUCUCGCCAAGGGGGCUACAGAUUGGGCAGUCGGUGGAGGGCCAGGGAGAGAGUCAGGGGCCGUGGUGGUGGGGGGGUUUGGGAAUGUCCACUUUGACAAGAGCGUCACUGUGAAAAGGAGUCCCCCGAUUGAGCAGAGUGCUUCAGUUACGACUGUGUAGUCGGGGGCGGUCACUCGAAUUGAGAGCAGCGUUUCGGUGCGCUUGAGAUGGCGAAUGUGCUCCAAGAGGCAGGGAUUGACAGGGUCUUCAGUGGCGUCUUGAAGAACGGCUUUCAAUAGCACGGGCAGGUCAGGUGAGGCCCCAGGAGCUCUUCCAUCGCCAAGCUCACGAGUUGAAGGCGAGGACAGACAGCGAGAGAGACGCAGCCGGGCAAUCCACCUGGAGGCGACAAUGGAGGGGGUGGACUGCCUGCUCAGCUCCGAGCUGCGUGUGAAGUGCAAGACGUGUGAGGUCCUCCUGGCCAGCGACCGCAUCUCCUGGAGACCAACCACCACCACCAGCAGUGGCCCCAAGGCACGGCGAGGAGGCUGCCCCCCCUGGAAGGUGGCGCUGCUGUCGGAGGUGCUCGCCAUUUGGCCCGUGGAGCAAGCGCCGGCACAGUGGCAGAGGUCGCGACCCCGCCCAGACCUGCACGCGUUCACGGUGUACUUCGUGCGCCGUGAGUCUCGGCAGAAGUGGGCGGUGAGCGACAUCACCUUCUCCACGGAGCACGCGGACGUGGCCGCCCGCUGGGUGCAGGCGGCGCGCAAACAGCUGAUGGGCCAAGAAGUGGAGCGUCCGGAGAGGCUGCUCGUCUUCGUGAACCCGUUUGGCGGCCGCCGAGAGGGCGAGAGGAUCUACCGGAAGCGCGUGCAGCCGCUGCUUGAGCUCGCGUCCAUACACGCGCACGUCAUCGUGACGGAGAGAGCCAACCAUGCCCGAGAUUUCCUGCUCGCAGAAGACCUCAGCAGUUACAAUGGUGUGGUGUGUGUGGGCGGAGACGGCAUGUUCAGUGAGAUUAUGCACGGAGUCAUCGGGCGCACUCAGUCGGACGCCGGCCUCGACGAACAUGACUCCGCGACCCCGUUGCAGCCGUGCCCCCUCCGCAUCGGUAUCAUCCCUGCAGGUUCCACGGACUGCGUGUGUUUUGCCACGGUGGGGACCAAUGACCCCGUCACGUCUGCCCUGCACAUCAUCAUCGGUGAUGAUCAGCCCCUGGACGUGUGCAGCGUGCGACAGGGCGAGCGCCUGCUGCGCUACUCCGUGUCGCUGCUGGGCUACGGCUUCUACGGCGACGUGCUGCGAGACAGCGAGGCGCGACGCUGGAUGGGGCCCAUGCGAUACGACUUCUCGGGCUUCAAGACUGUCAUGAAAAACUGUCGCUACGAGGGCAAGAUCGAGUUCCGUCUGGCAGGGUCAUCCUGGUCCGGGCCCAGAGACCUGAAGCGCUGCCGGAGCGGGUGUGAAAUCUGCUCGCAGACCUCUGAGAAGCUCAAGGGAGGGGAGGAGGAGGAGGGGGGGGGUCUCCCAUCCCUCGUGACGCCCCUACCCAGCGAUGACACAGAUGGCUGGCGCUGCCUGGAGGGGGAGUUUGUGGCCGUGAACGUGGCCUGCAUGAGCUGCGCGUGCCCCAAGAGCCCCCAGGGGCUCUCGCCGGCCGCUCACCUCGCCGACGGCGCCGCCGACCUCAUCGUGGUGCGCAAGUGCUCGCGCCUCGAGUUCACGCGCUUCCUGCUGCGGCACACCAACAAGCGCGACCAGUUCGACUUCCCGUUUGUGGAAGUGUACCGCGUGACGGAGCUCAAGUUCAAGCCGCGGCUUCACGAAGACGACGAUGUCGGCGGCGACGACGACGAUAGCGGCGGCGGGGGCAGCGGCGACUGUGGCCUGAGCGGUGCGGUGGGGCUCGACGACGACGGCGAUGGCGGCGGCGACGACCGCGAGGGCUUCUUCCACGACCUAAACGAGAACGCGUGCGGCGCCAGCAGCGGCGGCGGCAGCAGCGGCGCCAUCGCCGCCGCCGCCGCCGAUGAGCAGCAGCAGCAGCAGCAGUCGCUGUGCGCGUGCCGCUCGUUAUGCAACACCAGGAGCACGUGGAACUGCGACGGAGAGAUCCUCCACGAGACCGACAUCAGCGUGCGGGUUCACGGGCAGCUCAUCAAGCUGUUUGCUCGCGGCAUCGAAGACCAGCUGGGAUUCGGCUGAUGGCCACCGGGGGGGCAGAUGAACGGACGGGUGGACGUCCCCGCAACAAAACGGCUGAAAAAACGCAUGGAUGGCGAACUCAAGCCGAGUCACUUGACAAUGUGUGGACCACGACCGUCCCCUCUCUCUCCUGCCCGCCUCCGACAUCCCACUUCCUGCUGCACACCGACAGCCACCCAGCCUCGCUGCUCCCCCUGCAAGCGCAACAAACUGACGCGCUUAAAAAACAACAACAACAACAACAACAACAACGGCGUCUCCCUGCUCAAGCUGGCCGGCGGGAACUGCUUCCAUCCCCCUCGCUUCUCCUUUUGGUGAAAAAUGACCACAUUCCUAUGGCAAGGGGAGGGGGGGGGCGGGGUGGGCAGUAUUUAUCGUCUUGUUCAUCUCCGCAGGGUGGCCACUGCCGACUGUGCAGAGUGGUGCCGGGUUUCUCGACGGCCGGUGGGAUGAUGGCCGCUCCGAGCGACGGGCAGUCUCACCCCCUGGAGUCUCACAGGACGAGUUUGAGAGCGUGCGACGUGUUUUAGAAACAAACAAAUAUAUUUGCUUUUGAAAUCGAACAAAUAAUAUAUAUUUAAAUGAAGGUAGAAGUAUAUAUUUAUUUAAAUACUAUUUAAAGCCUUAAUUUGCACUGCUUGUGUCUGGAUAUCCGUAAUUCUGUACAGCUGAGCCACAUUCAGAGGCCCUCAUGGUCGGUGCUGCCGAUGCUUCCAUCCUCCGCCGCCGCUUCCGUUGGCUGUUUGCAGGCGUUGCAUCGUUGACGCCAUUGAUCCAAGGUCUACGAUUGCCGUUUCGUCACCAUCAUCACCAUCUUGGCUUUCGCUCAUCCCAUUGGACCUCAAUCUCUGGUUGCCACCUCCCACCCCAUCACAACCUACUCCUCCCAUUUACAUCUCCAAAUCUUUCCUGCGCCCCACAUUCCAUUGUAAUCCAGCACUGAGGAGCGAGGAGCGAGGGCUGGUGGAUUACGCACAGAUGGUGUGAAGCUCCCUCCCUGUGGGCGUCGAGGUGUUCGUGCCAGGAGAGGACGGCACAGCAACAAAUGUGGCCCCCACCUGUUCCGUCUGUGUGGGAUCGAGUGUUUCCCCCUCACACGCGUGGGGUUUUUACCGGGCACUACGGAUUCUUCCCACAUGUAUAAACGCACAUUAAUUGGCCGAUGACGCCUUCAUAUAUAGAGGAGCAUAGAGCUUGGGCAAUCGUUGGUGCUGGCUCGCCUUCAAGCCUGCCUGUUAUUCCUCCUCCAUUAUCUGAGUCGUCCACUCUCUCUCGCUCUGUACGAGCGGAUACUGUGCGGCGGCUUCGCGCUACAAGUUGACAUUAUUCUAGCAUUGUUAUUAUGUUGUACAUUUUUAUCUUUGGGGGUGAAAAGCACAAGGCCCACAAUUAUUGCUGGGAUUGGAAAGCCAGAUGUGAAUUUAGGACCAAGCAGACUUAUGAGGCCAAGUGGCCUUUUGUAGCCGUAGUUGUGAGUGUAAUAUUUGCAUCCCAUUUGGUGUGCGGUACAUUGUACAGGAUUUAUCGGUGACUGUUUAAUGGUUGUGAAAUUAUAGAUAGCGUUGACCUUGCUUAGACGUGGCCACUUGCUGUGCCGGCUUUGGAGUCUCACAAUCUCUGCGCGCCCUCUGCGUGUGGUCUGCAUUUUUUUUUGUGCUCGAGGUCAUGAAAGUUGACGCGUUCACUUCUGAGCUUAAAGAACGGUAAAACAAAGUGAUCGAUGUCGAAUAUGCGCUGCAGGUAAUGCAAAACUUUGCUUCAGCAAAACUUCGCGGAGUCUCACGACUCUUUUCAAGAGAGUCCUGCCUUGUGAUGCUCGGCCUUUUGGGAAAAAAAAUAAUUGUGCAGGAAGAAAUGAGAGUGCCCCGGAGGAAACAGCGCCAUUGUGGCAGGCUAUCGAUCUACUUGCUGUGCUGCAUCCAACAAGGCUGUCGUGACCCACCGACCCCCCCCCCCCCCCGUGGCAAGACGCCGUGGGCAAUGGGCGUGCAUCGCCAUCGCCACGUGCCAGUCGGUCAAGCGCCACGGUGACUAGGAGAUGUUAACUACCUCACCUGGUAUACAGAAGGUCGUGGGUUCGAUCCCGACACUGACACCUGCUGCUGCAUAUUUGGAGUU